ACCCCACUGAUAAGUGUGCCCAAAGAGCGCCUGUCUCACUUACACAUUCGUGCCGCAUUUUUUUUCUUUUUCUUUUUUUUCUGUCCAAUUCAAUUCAUACUAGGCUUUUAUUUGGCUUGGUGUUAGACGCUCUAUAUGCAUAAAUUCACCAACGUGUACUUUGAAUGACUACUUAAAUAUACGGGCACGCUAGCAGCCACCAAAAGAGCAUUCAUGCCGUACGACUUUUGAAGCCUGCGGGGGUCACUGGAUAAGAGUGGAUGUCCUUCAGCAGCUCCGGGGACUUGGGGUCAUGAUCCUUCGCCAGCUGCUGCGGCCCCUGCUUCCCCCUCUGGUCGCGUCACGCCGACGCGCCUGCACGGAUGGCCCCGCCCUCAAGCCCACCAGGGACCAGGAAAGUCUGGAGGUGUUGGGCCACGCCUACCCGUGUGACGACUUCACUAACGUAACGCAAAAGAUUCUGGCCAAAGUUGGUCGCAACCUCCACAACCAACGGCACCAUCCGUUGUGGCUCCUUAAGGAAAGGAUCAAAGCUCACUUCUACAGCGCUUACACGGGUCGCUCAGGCAACCCGCUGUUCUCAGCCCAUGACAACCUGAGCCCCGUGGUCACUGUGGAGCAGAACUUUGACAGCUUGCUGAUCCCGCCCAAACACCCAAGCAGGAAGCGCGGCGACAACUACUACCUGAACAGGAGCAUGAUGUUGCGCGCACACACCUCAGCCCACCAGAGGGAGCUAGUAAGCAGCGGCCUGGACGCUUUCCUCUUGGCUGGUGACGUGUACAGACGGGACGAGAUCGAUGCCAGCCACUAUCCCGUCUUCCACCAGAUGGAAGGCGUGCGUCUCUUCUCCAACCGCCAGCUCUUCUGCGAUGUUGCCGACGGCGACCAGCUGAACAUGUUUGAGGCGGCGAGGGGACGCAGGACGCCUCACAAACAAGAAGUCCACAGUCUGGAGGCCGUCAAGCUGCUGGAGUUCAACCUCAAACAAACACUCAGCCGACUCAUCAGGGCUCUGUUCGGAGAAGAUUUGGAGGUGCGGUGGGUGGACUGCUACUUCCCCUUCACUCAUCCCUCCUUUGAGAUGGAGGUGCGUUUCCAUGGCGACUGGUUGGAAGUACUGGGCUGCGGAGUCAUGGAGCAGCAGCUGCUCAACUCUGCUGGCGCGGCCGACAAGGUGGGUUGGGCCUUUGGACUGGGCCUGGAGCGUCUGGCCAUGGUCCUGUACAAGAUCCCCGACAUCCGAAUGUUCUGGAGCCAGGACGAGCGCUUCCUCAAGCAAUUCCGCGUGGACGACAUCCAUCAGGAGGUCCACUUCCAGGCGCUGAGCAAGUACCCCCCGUUGCACAAUGACAUCUCCUUCUGGCUUCCCGCGGCGGGCGAGCCUGCAUUCCACGCCAACGACUUCUACGAGUUGGUUCGCACCGUCGCCGGAGACCUUGUGGAGGAGGUGGCGCUGCUCGAUGACUUCACGCACCCCAAGAGCGGGAGGCGAAGCUUAUGCUUCCGUGUGGUUUACCGCCACAUGGAGCGCACCCUAAGCCAACAGGAAGUGAACACGGUUCACCGCCAGAUAGAACGCUUGGCCGAGACGCAGCUGGGCGUCGAGGGACGCUACUGAAUAUGCCCGUGGUAAAACGGACCCACUUUUGCUGAUUGUUCUUGACGCAGUCAGGCUUAAUAUGGACAAAUAGUUAACAUGAAAAUCAUGAAAAGAAAAAAAAAAACCAGCACAGUCAUCUUGUUCAUGGAAUGGUGUUUUUAAGGGAAGAGGUGCCAUUAUAUGCUAAUUUUAGGCUUAAUGUUGACUUUAUUCAAAUACAAAUGAAGUUGGGUGGAAAAUGUCAACGACUCCACCACGUGGAGGAAGAUACCUGUGUUAUGUGGGCAACUGGAUGCUAAUGCUAAUUUGUUUGUUUCCAUUUGGAAAGCUGUAAAGAGACAUUUGUUGGGAGUUCAAGUGUUCCUAAUGAAGGGUCUUUUUGUUCAUUGCUGAUGGUGUGAAAAUUUUCAAAUGUUUCCAAAUAAAACGUGGUAAAAAUUC